UGGGUGUGGUGAAGAGACAAGACAGCUUGUUGAAAAUUGAGUUGAACCGUGGCGAGGGUGCAUGGCCCUUUAAAUAUAUUACAAUUACAAAACCGAGUGCGCUUUAUUUGUUGUUUAUUUGCUGUGACCAUGUGUGGAUUUUGAAAUCAGCUGGGUUUACAUCCAGAGCAAGACGACGAGCUUGAUCCAGGUUCCAGCUGGUCCCUUCUGCCUCACAGGUGCGUCAUACUGUGACAAUGAGUGAACUUGAACAGUUACGGCAAGAGGCCGAGCAACUUCGCAAUCAGAUCCGGGAUGCCAGAAAGGCUUGUAGUGACUCUACUCUUUCAGAGAUCACAGCUGGUCUGGAAUCUGCAGGAAGGAUACAGAUGAGGACCAGACGUACUCUUAGAGGACAUCUUGCUAAAAUAUAUGCCAUGCACUGGGGCACUGACUCAAGGUUAUUGGUCAGCGCAUCCCAGGAUGGCAAGUUAAUCAUCUGGGACAGCUAUACGACAAACAAGAUGCAUGCGAUUCCUCUGCGUUCCUCCUGGGUGAUGACGUGUGCCUACGCCCCUUCGGGUAACUAUGUGGCCUGUGGCGGUCUGGACAACAUCUGUUCCAUCUACAGCCUGAAAACUCGAGAGGGCAACGUCAGGGUUACUAGAGAACUGCCUGGACACACGGGAUAUUUGUCUUGUUGUCGCUUCCUCAGCGACACCCAGAUUGUCACCAGCUCUGGAGAUACCUCGUGUGCAUUGUGGGAUAUUGAAACAGGCCAGCAGGCCACCACCUUCACAGGCCACAGCGGUGACGUGAUGAGUCUGUCACUCAGCCCGGACUCCAAGACCUUUGUUUCGGGUGCCUGUGACGCCUCCUCCAAGCUGUGGGAUAUCCGAGACGGCAUGUGCCGACAGACCUUCAUCGGCCAUGUUUCUGACAUUAACGCAGUCUGCUUUUUCCCGAAUGGAAAUGCCUUCGCUACGGGAUCAGAUGAUGCCACCUGCAGGCUGUUUGACCUGCGUGCAGAUCAGGAGCUCAUGAUGUACUCGCACGACAACAUCAUCUGUGGCAUCACCUCUGUAGCCUUCUCUAAGAGCGGCCGCCUGCUGCUCGCUGGCUACGACGACUUCAACUGCAACGUCUGGGAUACGUUGAAGGGCGAAAGAUCAGGUGUCCUUGCCGGGCAUGACAACAGGGUCAGCUGUCUAGGCGUGACGGAUGACGGCAUGGCAGUGGCUACAGGCUCUUGGGAUAGCUUCCUUCGUAUCUGGAACUGAGCCUGACAGCUGGACUUUAUGGAGGACUGCACCAUCACUACAGGUCUCAACUGUGAGAACAAGACGCCUUUUGUAUUCACUUAUUACGACACAUUCCUGUGAAGAGGCCCAGGCUGACUCGACAGAGGUCAGACCGGAGGUUAUUAGGAAACAAUUGAGGCCUCAUUGUGCUUUAUGUACAUACAUAUGUACAGUAUAUGAAUAUGAAUAUAAAUAUGGUAUAUAUGUACAGCAGUAUGCGCAUGUAUAUGCCAUAUAUAUGCUCACACAAUGGUAUUGUAUAUAAUUUUUGUAGUCUGAUUGCAUCCCAUUAUAGCUGUUUGUUUUUGGAGAUGCGUCAUUUACAGUAUAUUUGAAGUCCAAGAUCUUUUUAGCCGAUCCGAGUAUGCCAGUGCCCUUUAGCACCUGUGAUCAUUAGGAUUUUUUAUUUUUAUUUUUUUUUAAUAAUAAGAAAGCACUUUUUAAAGCCCAAUUUCCACAGAAAUUAUAAUUAAGCAAAAGGUGCUUUCAGCAAGGGUGAGGCAGGGAUCUGGCAGAAAAACUGUUUCAGUGAUCAUUUUCUUUGGUAAAAUAUUAUAGACCUUAGGAUACUGGAUAGCUAAAGGGCAUUAUGGACCUUGUUCGUGUGUAACCAGCAGCUACAUUACUAAAACAUCCAAAAGCUGUGUUCGCUGCUGUUGCAUCAAAUCCUAUCUUAGGAAAAAUCCCUAAUUUUUGUAGUAU